AUGCUGGUCGCAGGAUGCCUGCUCCUGUCUGUCCUGGCCUUGGGGGCAGCGUUAUCCCUGCACCAGACUCCACCGGUCCUGUUUGCUGAAGUCGGCGGCACCGCAGAGAUCCUCUGCUCUCCUGGAGAGCCAGUGGAGGGAGGGAAAGGCAAAUAUUACUGGUACCUGAGAAGGGAAGGGAAGGUGCCCACCUGUGUCUGGAAAUGCCUGGAUGACAAGAACAAGAGCAGGUUUGCCUGCAGACUUAAGGGAGGCAACCUGACCCUGGAAAUCUCCAGCAUCCAGCAGAAUGAUGCUGGCAUUUAUUACUGUGCUGUUAUUUUGAGCUUUUACUUGGCUUUUGGCAAUGGAUCCAGGCUGAUUGUUGGAGACAGUUACACCCCCAGUGCGUCCGUGCUGCUCCUCGCUGCGUCUCCCCAGGGGACUGACCUCUCGGGGACGGCUGAUCUGGCCUGUCUGGUCCGUGGUGUCUCCAACCCAGUGCACGUUGCCUGGACUAUUCCUGGGGCUUCUCAGGAACAGCAGCUGACCCGGUCAGUGAAGGGAAGGGACGGAGCCUUAAUGUUCAUUAAUCACAUCAGCAUCCCAGUGGCCACCUGGGCCAGCGCCGCGGCUGUCACCUGUGAGGUCUGGUUCAACUCCUCCGGCAGCAGUGUUCAGAGAAGCGCCUGGUUCAGGAAGCGCUCCAAUGACAACUGCAUCCCUGCCAUCGGCGCCCUGGCCGCAUUGGGAACCCUGACUCUGUUGAUGAUACCUGAUGGCAUCAUCUAUGCCCAACUGGACCUCGAAUCAAGAAGACAUCGCCGCCGCAAGCAGUAG